AUGAAACUCAAUAGUUUAAAGCUGUAUUUCACAUCGUCCCUCGGCUGUGUCACCACCGCCGCUGUAUUAAAAACUCCGUGUUCCGUCAAGAAAACUCCUCCUGAAGUUUUUGAGCUCACUUGCGUUUGUACUGAGGACUUGUGUAACGCUCCUUUCACGACAGAAAUACAAAAGCAGUUAUACAAUUUCACUUCGUCCAACAUCACUAUUAAUUCAACCGACUAUACAGACGCUUUUCUCAAAUUCGGCAACCUGACUAAGAAUGAUUAUAAAACUAUGACAGUUCCUGUGUUAAUAAAAAAUUCAGGAGGUUCAAAGUCUACUAUCAAUGCAAGUAUGGUUAAGGCGCACACAACGAUAGCACAUCCUGUAGAGGUAAACAUGCCUCGUUCGGAGGCUUUGAAACGAGAUGCUACAGCCCCUUCAGAUGACGACGAGGAUGAGACUGAAGGCAGCGGUUCCUACGAGGAAACUAGGAUUUUGAGACAGCCAGCAGCAGACCCCGCUAACCCGAGCUCUUACUUACCGGCGGAGAAAAACAAAGCAUCACACAUAAAUAUCAGUUUCUUGACAUUACCACCAAUUUUUUAUUUUAUAGCGUAA